AUGCAACGCGCUGUGUCCCUUGGACAUCGUGUCACGCGAAUUGGCAGCACCUGCGACGCCGGCGCAGGCCUUCGGCGGCGGAAGCCACUGCCGCCCUUCCUCUACAGGGAGGCCAUUGGCCCAUUCCUGCGCUUUGAGAGCCUCCUACCGAACAUGCUUUAUGCUUUUGGUGGGCGGAAUCAAGAGGAGGGACCCCUUGACACGGUGGAGAUGUUCAAUACCUUCCAUGGCCAGUGGGUGCCGGCGCCGGCCAUGCCCAAGCGCCGUGCCGGCAGCGCUGCGGCGCUGCUGGCCGACGGCCGCAUGAUGAUCAUCGGCGGGUACACGGAGCAGGGCAUCGCGCAGGGCCUUUUGUCCAGUUGCGACCUCUACGAUCCUCAGACUGGCUCUUGGAUUGAGGACGGUGCUGCUCCUUUGACACGUGCGCGAUGGGGACAUGGCUGUGCCUCAUUGCAGGGUAAGGUCUAUGUGGUGGGUGGCUGUUCCUUGCAGCUGGAAGCACAGGCCGCUGAGGCCUUCAUGGUGACCUUGCGGCACUGUGAGAUCUACGAUCCAGACCAGAACAGGUGGACGCCGACGGGGCCUCUACAGAUUGCUCGAUCGGGCACCCGCGUGGUCGCUCUAGAUUCCAGCCACCUGGCCGCCAUCGGCGGCUGCGAUGACGUCUUCGGCCGCGCCGAGACGCAGCCCACCGUGGAGCUGUAUGACGCGCAGACGGAGGUGUGGUCAGUUCUCUCCCACCGCUUGAUCCACCCCAGGACGCACCCGCAUCAACGCGCGGCGCGGGUGUCCCUCGGAACACGCCACGAUGUUUCCUCGAGGUCUAUAGGGUCCAACUGCCCGAUGGAGGCCUGUCCCCGGCAGAAGAUGACAAGGUCGUCGAUGACUUGA